AAUACAGUCCGCCGACCAGGUCAACCAAAGUCUUUGGUUCUAGAAGCAGCUUUACCACCCAACUGCACGGCUCACUUAUCAAGUUGCAACAGACCACGAAGCUGUACGAAGGUGUCCGACAGUGUUCCUCUCGACACUUUUGCUGAGACACGACUUAUUAGCGGCGUUGAAGUGUUAGCUUCAGUCUAGAAUUGGCCGUUUGAAACCUAAGCGGCAGUGAGUAGUAAGAGUGGAAGAAACGGCGCACCCAGUCGAUGGAUACCGCCAAUCUGAGCUUGUCAAAUAUGACACUGGAGCUCACGUGGCUCGCGAACCAAGCGGGUCUCGCCACGUCCGACCUGUGGACGUGGCUACGCCUGCGACUCGCCGUGUUCACGCGCGUUGGUGCCAAGGCAGCGCACAAGACGUCUCGUUUGGCUGCCGACGUGCGCGGCCACGUCGAAGAGCAGAACCCGUAUGCAGUGGGCGGUGUAGCCACGCUGGUGGCCGUUGCGCUGUUGUUGGGCGUGCUGUUCAUGUGGGUCGCAUCCCGCCAGGUGCGGCCGCGUAAGACGCAGCCCAAGGUGGAGAAGCCGCCGUCACCUACGACCAAGCGACUACGCCACAACUCAAGACACUCCAAGUCCUUCUCCGACCUGCUGCAAGCCGAGCGUGAGCGCAUGCAGGAGAACCGCCAGUUGGAACUAGAAGACCAUAUCACGUUUCCCAAAGAGCUGCGGCAGAACUGCGGGCCCGAGAACCUCAAGUUUAUUUAUGAUACACUGUCCAAGGUCUUUUCUUUUCUACGCGGUGAAUUUGUGGAGCCUCUUGCACGAGAUCUGCGUAUCCUACGCUUCUCCAAAGGCGAGACUAUCUUCGACAAGGGCGAACUCGACGGCUCUAUCCUCAUGGUCGUCAACGGGUCAGCGUCACUGACGAUCCAUGGCGAGAAUGAAGAUCAGCGCUUUGCUAAGCUCUUGGGAUGCGGUGAUACACUCACGUCAUCGUUGCCAUUGCUCACGGUGCUUGUGAAUGAGUUACAGAACGGAGAGUGCAGCGCUCAGGUGAAGAAAGUAUGCGGCAGCUUGUCUGCACGAGCUGAAGAAGACGGCACGCGGCUGUUUAAGAUUCCUACAUUAUCGAUUAAAAAGGUGCUGGAGAAAUACCCAGAAGCUUUUUAUCGACUCGCACAGGCUGCUCUUAUCCAAGUGGAGAAGAUCACGUCAAAGUCCUUGAUCGAUCACUUCGGCUUAUCGUCAAAGAUCAUCAGCGCUAGUCCACUCGUAGACCCGCUGCGUUUGGGUGUAGAAGACGCAGAUAAUGAGAACCCUCUGGUCAAGGAGUUUGUGGACAGUGUAGCAGACGCUAUUGGCUUGUUCGACUCAGAGUUGCGCUCAACACUUGCGAGCUGUACGAAGAUUAUUAAACGCACGAAGAAGCAGACGAUUCGUGAGGCUGGAGAUAAUACCAGCGCUCUGGGUGUACACAUUAUAUUGGAUGGAUCUGUUAGUGUCCAGGUCGCUUUAACCCCGCAGAAAUAUGCGGAGCUGUAUACGGCUACAAAAGGCUGUGAAGUGGGUAUCUCGACGUGCUUUGUUGGGUCACACUACGUCGCCACGCGAAAUAUUUGCCUCGAAGACACGACGCUGCUGUGGAUUCCUGACGCUCUCUUCUGCAGUUUAUUGCAGAUCAACUCCGUGGCUGUGAAAUGCACUCGUCACCUGCUUGAACAGUACUCGGAGCUGGUUUGUAUGGCCGAUACAUCGUUCGACUGGCUGCAUCUCCAUAGUGGAGAAAGUCUGUUCGAUCGUGGAGAUCUGUGCGAUUCCGUGUUCACCGUUAUUAGUGGUCGACUUCGUGCGGUUCAGGUGCAUUCGCAUCGUGGCAAGGAGGUGGAAACGAGCAACGAACUCGUUCGUGGAGCCACUUUAGGUGCGAUGGAUAUGCUGUCAGCAGGACCGAGUAACUCGUCGGUGUUUGCGAUCCGUGACUCGCAGAUCUCGCAGAUGUCGCGCAAUGUGUUUGACUAUGUGGUGAGCAAAUAUCCGUCCGUGCUGAUUCAUUUUACGAAGAACUUGGCACGUCGAAUGCCAACUCCUCGUGUGGACUCGUUGAAGGCGGAUGUGACUGGUGCAAAGUCUCGAAGUAAUUAUCUCUUAUCUCUUGGCUCGAAUUCGACUACUACGGAUGGACAGAAGGCAGGCGCCAAUCUGCCACUUGGUACUAUUGCGGUUCUAUCCCUAACAAAGAUGACGAAGAUCCAGACGUUCUGCUCACACUUGGAGAUGUCGUUGAAGACGCUCGCUGAGGUAGAAACAGUAUCAUCGCAGAAGGCCAGGGCAUUCCUGGGCGAUCAGUGGAUCAGCAAUUCUCGCGUGGCAAGAGCAAACCUUACAGCCUGGAUGGGGGACAUUGAGAGCUCUAAUGAGCUGGUGAUCUACGAGGCUGACCAGCAAUUAACAGCGUGGACGAAGUUGUGUCUACGUCAAGCAGAUAACAUCUUACUGCUCUGCUCGGACACACAUCCACAACAGGCGUUUGUGAGCGAUAUGGUGACGAUUUUGGAGGAUGCGUGGGACAAGAGAGACGCCGAGAUCAGCGUUGUUCGUAUCCGUGAAAAGGACUGGACGUUGACUGCUGUCGAAGCUGCAGCGAAACUGGAGGCGAAGGGAUCAUCGCGUUCCUAUGCAUUGAAGAGAAGGCUGAGGCUCCAGAUGGACAGUCCUUUAUUGCCGCGUUUCAUCCUUCCUAUGGAGAAAUACGAGUGGAUUAGUGGAUUCCACAAUGUUCAAGUUCCAUUUGAAGAGCAUCGCUCGGAUUUCAUGCGUUUGAGUCGUCGAAUCACCGGUAAUGCUGUCGGUUUAGUACUUGGGGGUGGUGGAGCGAGAGGUCUUGCACAUAUUGGCGUUCUACGUGCUCUUCAGGAGUGCGGUAUCCAUGUCGAUGUCGUCGGUGGUACCAGUAUCGGUGCAUUCAUCGGUGGAAUAUACGCGAUGCAUCCGAACAACUUAGAUCUCGUGGAGUCGAAGGUUCAGCAGUUGUCAGCAGGUCUUAGCAGCAUCUUCGAGAAGCUGCGGGAUCUUACACUGCCCAUUUUAUCCUUCUUCAAUGGCACUCGCUUCAACCAGAGUAUCCGUGCGCUCUUCUACGACUUAUCUAUCGAGGAUUUGAUGCUCAACUACUUCUGUGUGUCCACGGAUAUCGCCAAGUCACGUAUGAGCGUCCACCGCAGCGGACCGGCGUGGAAAUAUGUGCGAGCAUCGAUGAGUCUGCAAGGGUAUUUCCCUCCGAUCUCUGAGGACGGUUCAUUGCUGUUGGAUGGUGGAUACAUGAACAACCUCCCUGCUGAUGUUAUGAAGGAAGAAGGCGGCAUCAAGUACAUUUUCGCCGUGGAUGUGGCCAGCGAGUCUAAUACCGACUUCUACGACUACGGUAGCGCACUGUCGGGCUGGUGGCUGCUGUGGAACAAGCUCAAUCCGUUUGCCAAGACUGUGGUUGUUCCAUCUAUGGGUGAUGUAUCGGCAGCGCUGGCAUACGUGUCGUCGGAGCAGCACAAAGACCGCAUCAAGGAAGAAUGUAUUGAUCUGUAUCUGCGUCCUCCAGUUAAGGACUACGGUACUCUGGAGUUCAACAAGAAGGACGAGAUCAUCGAGGUUGGUUAUAAGUACGCGUUGCCGCGUAUUAAAGCAUGGAUGUCUCGGGUAUUGGACGCCGAACCUGACGCCGACAUCAAGCAGACGACGCCACCAGAGACUCCCGCAUCGACGCCUUCCAAGCUCAGCAUUGCUACUUAAGUCAUUUUUGUACUCUUGUGUCUUGCGAGAGAGGUAUAAGCUGGCACACGAGUAAAUAAAAGUUGGCGCUUCGUACGCCAAGUUUUGAGUGAAUACGUUAAGUCUAUAAAGUUUUGU